UCUUCUCUUCCUCACACCAUUCCUCUCUUAAUUCUCUCAAGCUAUCCAGGUUUCUGUAAUUAGCUCAUCACAUUCACAGUCCGCAACUAGCCAUGGCUCAGCCACUUAGUUUUACUUUUGCUUCCUUUGUUUUGUUUAUUACUACUCUAGGGAUGAUCAUACUUUUACCUUCACCAUGUAUCUCCCAAGAUACCUUCACUUGUUCUAGGGCAACUUAUUAUGGUAGCCCUGAUUGCUUAGGAACUCCAACUGGAGCUUGUGGAUACGGUGAAUUUGGAAGAAAUCUUAAUGGCGGAGGUGUAGGAGCAGUAUCUAACUUGUAUAGAAACGGCAGUGGCUGUGGUGCUUGUUAUCAGGUAAGAUGCACCAUACCACAGCUAUGCACCACGGCCGGUAUGACGAUUGUAGUCACUGAUCACGGUGAGGGUGAUCAUACUGACUUCAUCCUUAGCCCUCGAGGCUUCUCCCAGUUGGCUACUCCAAAUAUGGCACAACAUCUGAUGGCUUAUGGUGUGGUUGACAUAGAAUAUAAAAGGGUUUCAUGCCAGUACCCAGGGUACAACCUGAUGUUUAAGGUUCAUGAACACAGCAGAUUUUGCGAAUAUUUGGCCCUAAUAGUUAUUUACCAAGCUGGACAAAGCGACAUCACUGCUGUAGAACUAUGGCAGGAAGAUUGUAAGGAAUGGCGAGGCAUGCGGAAAGCCUACGGAGGAGUUUGGGACAUUACGAGCCCUCCAAAGGGUGCCAUCAAUGUAAGGUUCCAAGUAAGCCGAGCGGAUGGACAAAAGUGGGUACAAGUCAGCAAUGCUAUCCCAAGUGCUUGGAAAGCAGGGGUUGCUUAUGACACGGCCAUUCAGCUCUCUUAGAUUUUAAUUGGCCUCACAUUUAAGCUUCUACUUAUACGCAGUCUAGUUAGAUAUGAUCUUUGGAUUAGUAAUCUAUGUAUUUUAUUUAGUUUUAUGAGAUAAUAAAUUAUAGCUGCCUCUACUUGUACUUAGCAAGUUGGGUGUGGAAGUGACGUUUGUGAUCUAUGUUGUAAAACUUGGUUGAUUAUAUAUCUUUGCGAGUUGAAACUUCACA